AUUCCCAGUCCAGCUCCGGGAAUCCGGGAUCCGCACGGACUUUUCCUCCGGGUUUUCACCCCGUCUUCUUCAGAUCAAUGAAUCCACAUCGCAGAACUCAUCGCGCACAGUGAGCGAGCGGCGCGUCUGGCAGAGGAUCGCGCGUCACGACCGGGAUCGGGGAUGGAGAAUCGCGCAGUUUAACGUGUCGUUAUCGGACUCGGUGUUUUCCCAUUCACGGCGGCGGAUGACCCUGAACCGCGCGGAUUGAUUGAUUGACUGUUUGCGUGAUUAAUAGCGGAUUGUGCGGCGCUUCUGGAGACCAUGGGCUGCGUCACUGGAGAUAUUCAGCCGAACACACUUUACGCGCUGCUCAUCGGGCUGUGUGUCCUCACCUGUGUCUCCCAAACACACGGCGCGGAUCCCCCGUUCGCGGAGCUGCGGUUCGUGCGGGAGCCUCAGGACUCGGUGACGGUGCGCAGUGGGGUCCUGCAGCUGGACUGCGAGGCGUUGUCGGACCGGGGCGUCCCGGCGCUGGCGUGGAGGAAGGACGGGGUGUUGCUGAGCGCGGUGGUGGACGAGCGGAGACUCCAGAUGCCCAACGGCUCGCUCAUCGUGCAGAACGUGCUUCACUCGCGGCACCACCGGCCCGACGAGGGCUCGUACCAGUGCCUGGCCACGCUGGAGGGGGUUGGGGCCAUCGUCAGCCGCACCGCACGGGUCACCGUCUCCGGUCCUCUGCGAGUGGUCGUCCCCACAGAGUCGGUCUCCACGCACCUGGGUGACACUGCUCUUCUGCGCUGUGAGGUCACCGGGGAGCCCAUGCCUGUGGUGCGCUGGCAGAAGAACCGGGAGGACCUGCCCUUGACCUUUGACCCCGAGAGCAGAGUGGUCAUCCUGCCCUCGGGGUCGCUGCAGGUCAGCAGGGUUCAGCCGCCCGACUCGGCCACAUACCGAUGCCUGGCGGAGAACCCGGGAAGCUCCCGCACCGGCACAGACGCCGACCUCAGAGUCCUACCGGAGCCUGGAGUGGCGAGAGGGCUGGUGUUCCUCCAGAGGCCGCAGAAGGUUUCGGCUCUUCAGGGAACAGACGCGGUUCUGGAGUGUUCCGCCUCCGGGUUCCCCAACCCGACCUUUCACUGGAUGAGAGGAACUGAGCUCGUCCAGAGCAGAUCAAAGAAGUACUCUCUGUUGAGCGGCAGCAACCUCCUGAUCACCAGCGUGACGGACGACGAUUCGGGACUCUACACCUGCGUCGCUCAGAACACACACCAGAACAUCUCUGCGUCCUGCGAGCUCGCGGUGCUCGUGCCGCCUCAGUUCCUCAACUACCCGUCGAACAUGUACGCGUACGAGAGCUCGGAUGUGGAGCUGGAGUGCGGCGUGACGGGGAACCCUCAGCCCAGUGUGCGCUGGGUGAAGAACGGGGAGAUGGUGGUUCCCAGCGACUACUUCCGGAUCGUGGACGGUGGUCAUCUCCAGAUUCUGGGUCUGGUUCGAUCAGAUGAAGGAUUCUAUCAGUGUAUCGCUGAGAACGAGGCGGGAAACAGUCAAGCGAUGGCUCAACUGAUCCUGCUGCAGCCCGAGGCCACGCCCCCUGUCCCGCCCCCUCAGCCUUCUCAGCCCCCGUUGCCCCGCACUUCCUCUUUGACUUACUCCUCUCCUCCCCCCCCAGUUACCCCGAGCUCAGGCGUCCUCCCUUCUGCUCCCCGUGACGUGGCCCCCGUCCUCGUGUCCAGUCGAUUCGUGCGCCUCGGGUGGCGCCCCCCGGAGGAAACGCGCGGGACCAUCCUGACGUACGGAGUCUUCUUCUCUGAGGAGGGAAUCAACAGGGAGCGAUCCAUUAACGUGACGGAGCCCGAGAGUCUGCAGCUGACGGUCAGCAAUCUCAGACCGGAGGCCACGUACUCCUUCAGAGUCGUCGCAUUCAACGAGCAGGGGCCCGGAGAGAGUUCAGGGGCCAUCCGACUGUCCACCCAGCCCGAGCUUCUGGUUCCUGGUCCAGUGGAGAAUCUUCAGGCAGAAUCCGGGUCUCCGACGUCCAUCGAGGCGUCCUGGGAUCCUCCCGCUCACGCCAACGGGCCCAUACAGAGCUACCGGCUGCUCUGGACCGAGACCUCCACCGGCAAAGAGCAGAACGUGGAGGUUGUCGGUCAGAGAUACAGAAUGGAGGGACUGAAGAAGUUCACGGAGUAUUCUCUACGAGUGCUGGCGGUGAACCGACACGGGCCCGGCAUCUCCGACCAGGACACGCUCGUCACCACUCUCUCCGACGUGCCCAGCGCUCCGCCGCAGAACAUCUCGCUGGAGGUCGUCUACUCACGGAGCAUCAAGGUGAGCUGGCAGCCGCCGAACGCUAACAUGCAGAACGGCUUCAUCACCGGAUACAAGAUCCGGCACCGGAAGACGGGCCGGCGUGGGGAACAGGAGGCCAUCGAACCCAAUAACCUGUGGUUCCUCUUCACCGGCUUGGAGAAAGGCAGCCAGUACAGCUUCCAAGUGGCAGCGAUGACGGUGAAUGGCACGGGUCCCAGCAGCGAGUGGCACACAGCCGAGACCCCAGAGAACGACCUGGACGAGACGCAGGUCCCGAACCAGCCGAGCUCUCUGCACGUGCGUCCGCUGCCCAACAGCAUCAUCAUGAGCUGGACACCCCCGCUGAACCCCAACAUCCUCGUGCGCGGCUACAUCAUCGGCUACGGCGUCGGCAGCCCGUACGCGGAGACCGUCAGAGUCGACAGCAAACAGCGCUACUACUCCAUCGAGAACCUCGAGCCCAGCUCUCAUUACGUGAUCUCUCUGAAGGCCUUCAAUAACGCGGGAGAAGGAGUUCCUCUCUACGAGAGCGCCGUCACCAGAUCCAUGUCCGACCCCUCAGACCCGUCCGAUGACGAUCUCUUCCAUCUGUUUGAUAAAUUCCCCACCCCGGUCCCAGACACCUCCACUCCCAUGAUUCCUCCUGUAGGUGUCCAGGCCGUGCCCCUCACGUCAGACUCGGUGCGGGUAAGUUGGGCCGACAACUCCAUUCCCAAAAACCAGAAGUCCCCGGAAGUGCGUUACUACUCCGUCAAGUGGAAGACCAGCCACUCCACCAGCGGGAAAUACAAGUCGGCAGAUACGACGGCUCUCAGUCACACUGUCACGGCUCUGAAGCCCAACACUAUGUACGAGUUCUCUGUAAUGGUGACCAAAGGCCGCAAGUCCAGCACAUGGAGCAUGACAGCACACGCCACCACCUAUGAAGCAGCGCCAAGCUCCGCCCCUAAGGACCUGACUGUGAUUGGCCGAGAGGGACGGCCGCGAGCCAUUCUGAUUAGCUGGCAGCCGCCGCUGGAGGCCAACGGGCGAAUCACAGGUUAUAUCCUCUACUACACGCUGGACAAGCACAUGCCGAUCGACGACUGGGUGAUGGAGUCCAUCGCUGGAGACCGGCUCACACACCAGGUGCUGGACCUCAACCUGGACACCGUGUACUACUACCGCAUCCAGGCCAAGAACAGCAAAGGAGUCGGGCCGCUGUCAGAACCCGUGCAGUACCGGACCGGCCGAGUUGAGCAUCCGGAUAAGAUGGCCAACGAUCAAGGUCGUCAUGGAGACAGCUCUUACUGGCCCUCGGACAAUAACCCGAUUGACAUGAGCAGUCUGAACGAGCCUCCCAUUGGCCAGAUGCGGCCGCCGCACGGCAGUGUGACACCACAGAAGAACAGCAACCUGCUCGUCAUCAUCGUGGUUUCCGUGGGAGCCAUUACUGUGGUCGUCGUGGUGAUCGUUGCCCUGAUCUGCACCCGCCGCUCGUCCGCUCAGCAGAGGAAGAAACGUGCGACACACAGCGCCGGGAAGCGUAAGGGCAGCCAGAAGGACCUGCGACCUCCUGACCUCUGGAUCCACCAUGAGGAGAUGGAGCUGAAGAACAUAGAGAAGCCCUCAAGCUCCGCCCCCUCGGGCCGAGACUCUCCAAUCCAGAGCCAGGAGAUGGCGCCGGUCAGCCACAGCCAAUCAGAGAGCCAGAUGGGCAGCAAGAGCAGCCACUCAGGUGCCGACGGUGAUGAAGCCUCCAGCAUCUCCACACUGGAGAGAUCGCUCGCCGCUCGCAGGCCCACGCGCACCAAGAUGAUGAUUCCCAUGGACUCGCAGCCCAGCAACACACCGGUGGUCAGUGCUAUCCCGGUCCCCACGCUGGAGAGCAGUCAGUAUCCGGGAAUCCUGCCGUCUCCCACCUGUGGAUUCAGCGCUCACCCGAAGUUCACCCUCAGGCCGAUGCCGUUCUCCACGCUCACCGUGGACCGCGGUUACGCCGCCGCGAUGGCAGCAGAGGGCGCUCCUCCAAUGGCUCCUCAGCAACAGCAGACGCUGAUUCCCACGGCGCAGUCGGAGCCGCCGGGGCCCGAGGAGAUCCCCAGCAGAACCAUCCCGACCGCAUGUGUUCGGCCCACACACCCGCUGCGCAGCUUCACCAACACACUCCUGCCGCCGCCCAUGGGCACCAUCGAGCCCAAGGUCUACAACCCCAUCACAGGAGGGAGUCUGCCCAAACCCCAGGUGAAGACGGCGUCGCUAGGGCAGGCUGGGAAGGCCCGGUCGCCGCUACUGCCCGUUUCCGUGCCGACGGCUCCCGAAUCCGCCGAAGACGGGCCGAAGCAAGCCGACGACCCGGCCAGCGUGUACGAGCAGGACGAUCUGAGUGAACAGAUGGCGAGUCUGGAGGGUCUGAUGAAGCAGCUCAACGCCAUCACGGGUUCAGCCUUUUAACACACACACACACACACACACACACACACGGACACCUGGAGCGAGGAGCCGUAACUCUCCGGUGCUCCUGAAACAGGGAAAGACUGAACCGCUGGGGAAGCGCUCUUUUCUAACAGAGAUUUUAUACUCGCUCACUCUCUCUCUCUCUCUCUCUCCGGAUCGCCCGAGUCUAAGGUAGCCCUUCUCCAAACCCAGAGGACGUCUCCAUGUGUCCAGAACCCGCCAGACCCCGAGGAGUCCUCCAGCCGGUCCGGACACGUCAUCAUGUUAGCGUCUCGUGUGCAGGACUGUGUUUUUGCUUUGAUUCUCCUCAGUCCUUCCUCUCUGCUUUUGAGGCGUUUAUGUGUGUGGAAGUGCACAACAGACUUUUUUAUGUGCCUAUAUCUAUAUUUUUGGUCAUUAUUUAUUCACUGUGUGCUGAUCCGAGACCGGAGACGGAGACGACGAGUGCCGAUAUUUGAUAUUUUCCCUGUUUUCUACUGUACAGAGCGAGAGACGGACUGGCUUUCUACCGAUAUACUUAAUAUAUGAGUUAGAGUGUUCCUUUCACGCUAAUUUAUGAACACUAUGUGAUUAAUUCUAGAGCUUUUAUUUACCCAUCGGGAGAAUAAAGAAUUCCUCGAGGA